AUGGGGACCCUCGGGGGACACCUGGUUGCAGCGCUGCUGUUCCUCAUCGUAGCGCUCUACUUCUCCGUGCUGGUGUCCUUGGCUCUGCUACGGGGCCAGAGGUUGCUCAAACGCCCUCUGCCCCCGGGAGACAAGCGAGGGCACCGGUGGUGGCAGCUGGUUUCUGUGGAAGCAGUGAUGAAGGUGGUCUUCUCCCUGAUCGUUAUCUUGCCCGAGCUCUUCUACCCACCGGGAGCAAACCGGAUGGUGAUGGUGGACUGGGAGGACCCGAAGCGGCCGUUUGUGUUCCAGGACACCUGGCAGCACGUCACCAUGUACGGGUUCUUCCUCCUCAGCGGAGUGGUGGACAUCGUGAGCCAGGCGUGCCAGGCGCGGCAGAACAUGAAGCUGGAGCGAGCGGCAGAGGCGCUGGCCUUCUGCGUGCUGGUGCUGCUGAUGAUAAACCACAUUGAGAACAAGAGCACCCUGGAGAGCCGCAUGCACGCCCUGUUCAUGCUGCCUGCCUUCCUGCUCGGCUUGGUGCUCAUCAUCGAGGUCUGGGUCCCGGACCAGCCCUCACUCUGGGUGCUCAAGACCUGGAUGGGUCUGGUGCUCAGCAACUGGCUGCUGCAUCUAACCGUCCUGAUAUAUGCACCUCCCUCCGGACAGCCCUGGAGCGGGGACAACCCUGUGGACCUCGCCUUUGUCACCACCUUCUUCUGCUGGCACCUGGGCUUGGCGGCUGUCAUGCUGGCCGCCAUCUAUGGCCUCUGCAGCCUCUGGCACCAUCGCUUCUCCUCCUGGAAAAGGGCCCCAGGUGCCGAGUACCAGCCGUGCCCCCUACGUGAGGGCAGUGAAGAGCCUGAGAAGUUCAGGGCAGGGACCCUACAGCUAGACGGGGGUGUCUAG